AUGCCGCCUGCGGUGCAUCUCCAGGGAGACCCGACGAAGAAUGUAUUUGGGAAGCAGAUCAUCAAGCCGGAAGAGCUCCUCAACGAGUCUCAGAAGAAGGUCCUCAUCGCCAUCGGCGAUGCCAUUGUGCCUGCUCUGCAUGGUGAACAGGCAGCUUACCUCAUCUCCCAGCUGCCCACAAGCGCCACAGACCGUCAGCGCGAGCUGGUCGCCGCUUUUGCCCGCGAGGGAUUCAUGGACCGUGCUGACUACCUGCUCAGCUGCCUAAUCCGUCAGCUUUCCGUCACCGCGUCCAGCACGGCACUCGGCCAGAUCACGCUGCUACUCAGCAUCAUCGCCACCGGCCCCGGCUGCCUGGUGAUGACCGGCUCCUACGGCCCGUUCUACGACCUACCCAGGGACAAGCGGGAAGCCAUCCUCCUAUCCUGGUCCGUCUCCCGCCUGCCCGCCUUCCGCAAAGCGGCCGCUGGUCUCAAGUCGGCCAUCCUGCUGGUCUACUACCGCUUCGUCCAGGAGGCAUGGGAGGCAACCGGCUACCCGGCCAGCACAUCCCUUCCCUCGGGUAUCAAGGCCACCACGCAUUACCCGUACAAGUUUGAGAACGACAACCUCCCCUUUCUCAACACCGACGAGGAGGUCUUCGUCGACACCGAGGUGCUCAUCAUUGGCUCUGGAUCCGGUGGCGGCGUUGCGGCGGCCCAGCUCGCCAAGAGGGGCGUGCAGGUUCUCGUCGUCGACAAGGGCAUCUACCUACGCCCAGAAGACAUGACCGGCAUGGAGUCGCACGGCUACCAGAGCAUGUAUGACGGUGAAGGUAUCCUGCUUGGCGAAGAUGGACACAUCACCGUCCUCGCCGGCUCGACCUUUGGCGGCGGCUCGACCAUCAACUGGUCCGCGUCGCUCAAGCCGCGCUGGUUUGCGCGGCGCGCCUGGGCUGAAAAGUACGGCGUUGGCUACUACGCCUCACCCGCUUUCACCGCGGACCUGAACUUCGUGUGCGACCGGAUGGGCGCGUCGACGGCGCACAUUCAGCACAACCUCAGCAACUCGCUCCUCGCGCUUGGCAGUCAGCGCUGCGGCAUGGAGUGCGUCCCCGUGCCACAAAAUACGGGCGGAAAUGUGCACUACUGCGGCAAGUGCCAGUUUGGAUGCCCCUCGGGCCAGAAGCAGGGCGGAGUCGUCACCUGGCUAAAGGACGCCGCCGAGCACGGUGCCAAGUUCAUGACCCAGACGCACGUCCAGCGCAUCCUCUUCGACAAGAGCGGGCGCAAGGCCGUCGGCGCCAAAGCACUUGUCCACGGUAGCGGCGGCAGCAGCAGGUACGUCACGAUCCGCGCAGCCAAGGGCGUCAUCUGCGCCGGCGGCUCGAUCCAGACGCCUGCGCUGCUGCUGCGCACUCCCGAGCUCAAGUUCAACAAGCAGAUCGGCAAGAACCUACAUCUGCACCCCACCACCGUUGUCACAGGCUUCUACGACUUCCCAAUCAAUCCCUGGGAGGGCUCACUGCUCACCAUGGUCAACAACGCCGCCGAGCUCAGCGACCCCGACGGCUGGGGCGCCAAGCUGGAAAUCAUCGCCACGUCCCCCGGCUUGCACGCCGCGUUCACAAGCUUCUCCAGUGCGAUCGACCACAAGGCCAAGAUGCUGCAGUACUCACACGCGUUCCAGAUCAUCAUCAUCAGCCGCGACCGCGAUGGCGGCCAGGUCGUCAUCGACGAGCGCGGCGAUCCGCGAUACACGCACCCGCUCACCCCCCACGAUCAGAAGAGUAUCAUUAACGGCAUCCUCGCCGCCUGCGACGUCCACCUCUCCGCCGGCGCCCGCGAGAUCUCCACAAUGCAGUCCGGCAUGCCCGCCUUUGUCGCCGAUACGGCUCUGCCCGCGGCAGCGGCGGCCAAAGGUAAGGGCGCCAGCACCGAGCUGACCGAAACGCUCCUCGAAGAGACCAAUCGGAUCCCCGGCACGAGGUACCACCCGCAAUCGGUCCCUCGCGACCUGCGCGACGCGCGCUACGUCGCGUGGAAGAAGCAAGUCCUCCAAGCCGGCGCACGUCCGCUGGCCAUCGCCCUCGGAUCUGCGCACCAGAUGAGCAGCUGCAGGAUGGGCGCAAGCCCGCGCUACUCGGCGUGCGAUCCCGAGGGACGCAUCUGGGGCACCAAGGACCUGUGGAUCGCUGACGCCAGCAUCAUGCCCGAGGCCAGCGGCGUCAACCCGAUGGUCACAACGAUGGCGUCGGCAAACUACGUGGCGCGCAACGUCGCCAAGCAGCUUGGAAACGACAGCGUCCGGCCGCUCAACGAGGCUACGCAGCGCGAGGCUCGUCUAUGA